CUCCUCCUCCUCCUCCUAGUCCUCCGCCCUCCGGGGCUGGGAAAGUGGGAGGUGGCGGCGGCGGCUGCGUGAGUGCGCGCAGGAGGGGGCAGCCGAGAGGAGUCUCCCGGUGCCGCGGCGGCGGCGUCAGAGCCACUGCGAGCGCCGAGCGCGCCGGACGCGGUGGGGCCGCAUCUCCUCGGCCGCCACUGCCGCUGCGGGGCCACGAACAAAGAGGAGGAGCCGCGGCGCGAGAGCAAAGUCUGAAAUGGAUGUUACAUGAAUCACUUUAAGGGAUGCACACAACUAUGAACAUUUCUGAAGCUUUUUCUGCAGUAAACUAGAGAAAGAUGGAUGAAUCUGCCUUGUUGGAUCUUCUGGAGUGUCCUGUAUGUCUAGAGCGGCUUGAUGCUUCUGCAAAGGUCUUGCCUUGCCAGCAUACCUUUUGCAAACGAUGUUUGCUGGGGAUUGUAGGUUCCCGAAAUGAACUCAGAUGUCCUGAGUGCAGGACUCUCGUUGGCUCGGGUGUUGAGGAGCUUCCAAGUAACAUCUUGCUAGUCAGACUCCUGGAUGGCAUCAAGCAGAGGCCUUGGAAACCUGGCCCUGGUGGGGGCAGUGGGACGAACUGCACAAAUGCAUUAAGGGCUCAGAGCAGCACGGUGGCUAAUUGUAGCUCAAAAGAUCUGCAGAGCUCCCAGGGUGGACAGCAGCCACGGGUGCAAGCCUGGAGCCCCCCAGUGAGGGGUAUACCUCAGUUACCAUGUGCCAAAGCAUUAUACAACUACGAAGGGAAAGAGCCUGGAGACCUUAAGUUCAGCAAAGGUGACAUCAUCAUCUUGCGACGACAAGUGGAUGAAAAUUGGUACCAUGGAGAAGUCAACGGGAUCCAUGGCUUUUUCCCCACCAACUUUGUGCAGAUUAUCAAACCAUUACCUCAGCCCCCACCUCAGUGCAAAGCACUUUAUGACUUUGAAGUGAAAGACAAGGAAGCAGACAAAGAUUGCCUUCCGUUUGCAAAGGAUGAUGUUCUGACUGUGAUCCGUAGAGUGGAUGAAAACUGGGCUGAAGGAAUGUUAGCAGACAAAAUAGGAAUAUUUCCAAUUUCAUAUGUUGAGUUCAACUCAGCUGCCAAGCAGCUGAUAGAAUGGGAUAAGCCUCCUGUGCCAGGAGUUGAUGCUGGGGAAUGUACCUCGGUGGCAGCCCAGAGCAGCACUGCCCCAAAGCACUCCGACACCAAGAAGAACACCAAAAAGCGGCACUCCUUCACUUCCCUCACCAUGGCCAGCAAAUCCUCCCAGGCUUCCCAGAACCGCCACUCCAUGGAGAUCAGCCCGCCUGUCCUCAUCAGCUCCAGCAACCCCACAGCUGCCGCUCGCAUCAGUGAGCUGUCCGGGCUGUCCUGCAGUGCCCCUUCUCAGGUUCACAUAAGUACCACUGGGUUAAUUGUGACCCCACCCCCAAGCAGCCCAGUGACCACUGGCCCUUCCUUCACUUUCCCGUCAGAUGUUCCCUACCCGGCUGCCCUUGGAACUAUGAAUCCUCCUCUUCCCCCGCCCCCUCUCCUGGCCUCCACACCUCCGGGCGCUGCUGCUGUUGCUGCUGCUGCUGCUGCUGCUGCUGGGAUGGGACCGAGGCCCAGCGCAGGACCCACAGAGCAGAUUGCACAUUUACGGCCUCAGACUCGCCCCAGUCUGUAUGUUGCCAUAUAUCCAUACACUCCCCGGAAGGAGGAUGAGCUGGAGCUGAGAAAAGGCGAGAUGUUUUUAGUGUUUGAGCGUUGCCAAGAUGGCUGGUUCAAAGGGACUUCGAUGCACACCAGCAAGAUCGGGGUUUUCCCUGGCAAUUACGUGGCACCAGUCACGAGGGCGGUGACAAAUGCUUCCCAAGCUAAAGUCCCUAUGUCUACUGCUGGUCAGACAAGUCGAGGGGUGACCAUGGUCAGUCCUUCCACCGCAGGAGGGCCUGCCCAGAAGCUCCAGGGCAAUGGUAUGGCUGCGAGUCCCAGUGUUGUCCCCACAGCAGUGGUGUCAGCAGCUCAUAUCCAGACCAGCCCUCAGGCUAAGGUCUUGUUGCACAUGACUGGGCAAAUGACAGUCAACCAGGCCCGCAAUGCUGUGAGGACAGUUGCAGCACACAACCAAGAACGCCCUACAGCAGCGGUGACACCCAUCCAGGUACAGAAUGCCGCCUGCCUGGGCCCUGCAUCUGUGGGCCUGCCCCACCAUUCCUUGGCCUCCCCACAACCUCCGCCUUCAGUGGCAGGCCCUGCCACCCACGUUGCUGCUGUCAAUAUGGGUCGAGUCAAUGCCCCCCUGGCCUGUGCUGCAGCUGCUUCGCUGACCUCCCCGAACAUCACCGCUGCCUCUCUGGAGACUGAGCCCAGUGGCCGAACAGUGACCAUUCUCCCCGGACUUCCCACCUCUCCUGACAGUGCUUCAUCAGCUUGUGGGAACAGUUCAGCAACCAAGCCAGACAAGGACAGUAAAAAAGAAAAAAAGGGUUUGUUGAAGUUGCUUUCUGGCGCCUCCACUAAACGUAAGCCCCGAGUGUCCCCUCCAGCCUCACCUACCCUGGAAGUGGAGCUGGGUGGCGGCGAGUUGCCUCUGCAGGGAGCGGUGGGUCCUGAGCUGCCACUAGGGGGCGCCCACGGCAGGGCAGGCUCCUGCCCCGCGGAUGGGGAUGGCCCGCCCACAGCGGGGGCUGCAGGCGCGGCUCUGGCCCAGGAUGCUCUUCACCGCAAGGCCAGCUCCCUGGACUCGGCUGUUCCCAUCGCUCCACCUCCUCGUCAGCCGUGCUCCUCCCUGGGCGCUGUCGUGAAUGAGUCUAGGCCUGUUGUUUGUGAAAGGCAGGUCUUCUCUCGGUGGUGACCUGAGUUCCUGUCCUGAAUAGAGGUGGCCAGCUACUGACGGGCCCAUCCUUCACCUCCUUGAAGCACCAGGCCCCGCUGCUGUUGGCUGAGCCAUAUGAUCGUAAUGGGAGCCAGCAUUUUGGGGUGUGAACUAUGUGACAGACAGCGUGCUAAGAGCAUCACACUUACAAUCUCACUACAUUAUGUGAUAAUACCUGUUUAGUCCACUACAAUCCUAUUCUACAGAUGGGGAAACUGAGGUCGAGAGAACUGAGAUAACCGGCCAGAAGUUAAGCUGCUCCAAAUGACCUUAAAGGCUAUGUCAACCCCUCAGGCCAGGGCUUCCCCCGUAGUGCCAGGCCUCCUCCCUCGUUCCAUGCUUGCUUGAACCCUGAGCCUGGUGGUCUGUAAAUAAGCAUAUUUGAAUUAGCUGAACCUUCCUUGGAAAUGAUAAGCCAGCCUCCAUGCUGUGCUUUUGCUUUAGACUUUGGGGAAUAAUUUGGUCCCUGUGCCCAAAGUAGCUCGGGAAUUGUUUGGGCAGCCACUUAGCCUUUGUAGGGAUGCCUUCUUUAGUGGAGUAGUAGUCUGGGACUGUCACGUGGUCCUUCCUAAUGUGAGUGGAUUCUAGUUUUUAUGAAGGGAGAUUGGUGAAUCUUCUGAAAGGACUAGUCUCUAAUGGUUUUCAUGAGUUUCAGGGCAGUUCUAUAGUAUUUGUUCUGUCAUUUUUUAAACCAUAACAUUCUUUACUUGCAGCCAAGAGUGGGUCCUAUGAAGCUUUAAAUUCACUUUCUGGCUUUGAGAACUAAAUGAAACUAGAAACUUGAAAUCACCUUUAUAACUGAAUACUCAGUACUUAGCAUCCAACCAAGAAAGAUGUAUCUCCACAUUUAUUAGUUAUCCAUUGCUGUGUGACAAAUUACCCCCAAAACUUAGUGGCUUAAAACAACAAUAAGCAUUUGUCAUCUCACACUUUCUGUGGGUUAGGAAUUUGGGAGUGGCUUAUCUGGGUGAUUCUGGCUUAGGGUAUUUCUUGAGAUUACAGUCCAGGUGUCAACCUGAGCUACAGUCAUCUGAAGGGCUGACUGGGGCUGGAGGACCCAGUUCUAAGGUCCACGCACACCACUGUUGGCUAGUUAGUUUUGGCUUUGAGAAAGAGACCUUAGUUACCCACUGUGGGGUCUUCUCCAUAGGGAUGUUGAGUUGCCUCACCCAUGGCAGCUGAUUUUUCAGAGUGAGUGAGCCAAGAGAAAGUAAAGUUGAAGCCACAAUGCCUUUUAUGAUCUACUCUCAGAAAUCACACACUGUCAUUGUCACGGUAUUUUAUUGGUCACACAGGUCAUCUCUAUGCAUUGUGGGAGGUUGGCUACCAUACACCACCAUUUUUUCCCCCUUUGGUUGGAAAAGCAAGAGAGGAAUAAAGGAGAGUAAUAAUGCUGGAAAAAUAGAGAAGGAUAUAAGGAUAUGGAGCAUAAAACAAGUCACCUCCCUCUGGCUUCCAUGGCUGCUAACCAGAAUUUUGCAGAAGGAAACUAAGGAGCAUGGAAAAAGGGGGAUAGGUAAUAUUACACUGACAGGGCUUUUGGUUGAUAAUUAGGUGAUAAUUACCCCUUUUCCCACUGAUGUCUGAGUUGAGAACCAAUGGAGAAACAGACAGGUAUCAGACUAAUGGAGAUCAGAAGGUCAACCUCAUUCCUGGGGGUGUUGGAUUGAAUUUGUGGCCAUGGUCCUCUCCUCCAUCUCUGGACCUUAGCACACCCUCCCCGAGGGAGAAUUGGGGUACAUGGGGCAGAUGAACUUCCGUAGAAUUGCUGCCUCACCCAUGGCAAACCCCAGUGUGAGGAACACAGAGAUGGACUUCCAGACCCACUUCCCGAAGGCAGGCCUGACCCCCUGUGCUUACAACGUGGAAGCAGAGGCUGAGCAGAGCCCACUCAGCCCAGAGGCAGGCAGUUCAAAGAGGGCUGAACUCCCCUGCUCAGCUGUUUCUCCCAGUCUCACGAAUCGAGUAAAUUCACUCCUUUCUUCUUGGAGGAGAGGGAAGGGCAGAGACGUUUCGUGUCCUGGGAAAUGGAACAAAGCUCUCCUUCUGUAUGGCCAAGAUACAAACACUGGGAGGGGAUGGGAAUGGCUCUCCCUGUAAAGGUCACUCAAAUAAACCAGUCUGGGUCAUAGCGGACUGUUACACGUAUCCAAACUCGGAUAAUACCAAGUCUCUACUAAGCAGAGAAUAAUGGUAUUUUGAGUUGUUUUACAAACAUUGUUAAAAAACUCAUGCUACAUCAUGGUCAUGUCUAAGGCUAUAUAGACUAAUAGUGCACCAUUUUUAUCACUACUUUGACCAGCUUAACUAAAAUGCAUCUCUCUUUUCUAGGCACAGGGUGGUGGUUUCCUAUCCUCCUCAGAGUGAGGCAGAACUUGAACUUAAAGAAGGAGAUAUUGUGUUUGUUCAUAAAAAAAGAGAGGAUGGAUGGUUCAAAGGCACGUUACAGCGUAAUGGGAAAACUGGC